AUGUCUGCCUCGCACCGCACGUCCGCUGACCCUGAUGCUGCGCGCCCCCGUCUCGAAGAUGCCAUCUCGAACCCCGGAGCAGUGAAGAUCAACGUCGAGGGCGCCUUUAUCGUCGAAAACGAGCCAUCUGCGCCCGACGCCAUCGUCGACGGCGACGGAGUCCACUACGAAGGCAAGGACAUCCGACUCCCAUACCACACCACGGUCGUGAGCCAUGUCGCGGUGGAUAUCGGGGGUUCCUUGGCCAAAUUGGUCUACUUCACGCGCGAACUCGGCUCUGCUGACCAGGGUGGUCGACUCAAUUUCAUUAAAUUCGAGACUCACCGGAUAGACCUCUGCAUUGACUUCAUCAAGCAGCUGAAGGAUGACCACGAAAAGCUCAAUGGCUCUGCUCCCGACGAAUUGUGCGUUGUCGCGACGGGCGGAGGCGCGUACAAAUAUUAUGACAGGUUGAAGGAGGCAUUAAAUGUGGAUAUCCGUCGCGAGGAUGAGAUGGAAUGUUUGAUCGCUGGCCUUGAUUUCUUCAUCACCCAAAUCCCGAACGAAGUGUUCACAUACAGUGAAACCGAACCUAUGCGCUUCGCGGAAGCGCGACCGGACGUUUAUCCCUAUCUCCUUGUUAAUAUCGGUUCUGGAGUGUCCAUGAUCAAAGUGUCGGGACCAAACCAAUUCCAGCGUGUGGGAGGAACCCACCUAGGCGGAGGGACAUUUUGGGGUUUAAUGUCUCUGUUGACAGGGGCCCGCACUUUCGACGAGAUGUUGACAAUGGCAGAUAAUGGAGAUAACAGCGGGGUUGAUAUGUUGGUUGGAGACAUCUACGGCAUGGAUUACAACAAGAUCGGCCUUAAGAGUACGGCAAUUGCCAGCACCUUUGGGAAAGUCUUAAGGAUGAAGCGGGCUGCAGAACGAGAGGCCGAGGAUGGCAAAGGUCUGAGCCAGGCUGAUUCGGAGGCGAAGACCAACGUCCAAUUCCGCCCCGAGGAUAUGAGCAGAAGCCUUCUCUAUGCCAUAAGUAACAACAUCGGACAGAUUGCAUACUUGCAGUCGGAGAAACACCAGGUGAAACACAUAUACUUUGGUGGAUCUUUCAUCCGGGGCCAUCGACAGACGAUGAAUACACUUUCAUAUGCCAUAAAAUUCUGGUCCAAGGGAGAGAAACAGGCUUACUUUCUCCGUCAUGAAGGUUAUCUAGGUGCGGUGGGCGCCUUCUUGAAGAGAAAGCCUCAGAACUGGGGGCGGCGGAAUAGUACCGAGGAUUCUGCUGCGCACAAGCUGGCGCGGGAUGAGGUCAGGCGAGAAGCCCACAAUCGCGAUGUCCAGAGUUCAUCGUGA